AUGAAGAGGACUCGCAGAAGUACUACUGAGGCUUCAUCAUCUCAACUUAAUAGACAGUGUCCCACAACCUCAAUGAGGAGACAGAGAGGGGCUCCCCAAGAUCACUUUGAGGAUACUACAGAGCUUGAAGAUGUAGCUGCUACUCAUGAUAGUAAUGUUGAGGUACAUGUGGAGCCUACUGAGCCAUCUCGAGAACGUGAGCCCCUUAGGUGCAUGUCGAAGACAUCUACCCUUCAUGAAUGGAAUUGGUGGGGUAUUCCAAAUAACGGCAUUCCUGUGUUUGGUGCAGCGGUUGCUCCGCUUGAAGAUGAUAACGACAUAAAUUUUGAGUUACUACUUAGAGACCUUGAUAGUGUUGCUAGUUAUUCAUGGGGUUAUGAGUGCUUAGCAUGGUUGUAUAAACAAUUAAGCCAAGCUUCGAGGUCUGAGAUGAAGCAGAUUCCUGGGUACAUGACUUUGCUGAAGGCAUUGGUGUAUGAGCACAUGCAUGGUGUUGUUAUCCCUGAUCAUGAGCUUGAUUAUUUAGAGGUCCAGCCUCGUGCACUUCGUUGGAUUCCACGUCGAGACAAUGACAUGACAUCGGUAGACGUGUAG